AUGCUGGAUGCUAUCCUGGGCGGAGGAGCAGAGCUGUCAGAAGCCGUGCAUGACUUGGCCGCAUUUCUAGCAUGGCACGUAGAAUACUGCCCGCGCAUUCUGGCUGGUGGCUUCGGUGAGUGGAAUGUUCCAUGCACAGGGCGACGCAACGGCAAGUCCAAUGUGCGAGCAGGGGCCGGGGCAAAGCACAGCGCCAAAGCUGGUCAUUUUUCGGCCUAUGCUCGUGUAGCCAAUGUAGUUCAUGCGGAUGCCAUGGCCUCCAGGGGCGCCAGGCACCCACGAGCGCUCCAGGGUGACGCCGCCUUGAGUGCCACUGUUGACUACCUCUUCAAGGGCCUCUUCGCCAGCAGCCUCUUGAAGAAGCACGUUUCGGAGUCCAUCUCGGCAGCUGUCAAGGAGGAGCUGCGACAGUUCUUAAGCAAUGCCUUCGCUGGUUCGUUUCCAGAUAUCCGGAUAGGUCGUGACCUCCUCCAGGAUUCCACCUUCCUCGGUUUCGAGGAGGUGCUCCUAGCCGGGAUCGAAGAGAAGGGCCUGGGGGGCAGCGACGCUCUGGUUCAGGCAGUCAGAUCUCUCCUGCCCGCGUUCGAGGAGGAUGAGCGCAUCAAGGCCCUCCUUUCAGAGAUCGAUGAUGCAGCAGGGCACAGUGUCAUGGACUCUAAUCGCGAAGAUGCCGAAGAAGAUGGGGACGAGGACCGAGUCCAAUUUGCGACCACAUCCUUCGCCUCCAACGGUUCCGAUGACAGGUUUGAGGUGGACGCCGACGAGGUGGUGACAGACAGCUUGGUCCCUCUAAUCUUGCUGGAGGCACAGAUCGUGGAAGUCAACGAGUGCUGGCAGGGUUUCCUGGACUGUUACGCAAAGCCGGAGCAUGCCGGUGAGGCAAUCUUCGCAGCAAUACUGGAUGCCGCUCCAAGUUUACAGACGUUUUUCCGCGGCGGUACUGCUCUUCUGGCCGGGAAGUUUGUGGCUGGAUACAGCCAGAUGGUACACAAUCUACGGAAUCCCGACGGAUUGAUGGGCGUGGUCGAGCACCUUGGCUUUCAGCAUCUGGACGUGGACAUCAACAUCCCUCGCAUUGCCAUUUUCAGGGAGGCUAUGUGCGAUGCGGUGAGUGCGGAGCUGGGGGAGAAGCUCACGGAUCUCGGUGCCUACGGGCUGCGGCGGCUCGUGAGCUAUGCUGGCGGAGCAUUGAUCUAUAUCCGCGAGAACUAUUCUAAGCGCUUGAAGAUCAUCAGCAACAGCUGGAAGCUUGCAAAUGCCGCCGCCAAGCAAGAGGAAGCACCGCAGGCGGGAGACCUCGAGGACUCCUUGUCGGCCCCUUUGGAGACCAAAGCGGUUGAAGAGGAGGACGAUGACGAGGAGGAGCAAGAAGGCGAGCUCGCGAUCGCUGGCAAAUCUGCAGCUGCGAGUGCCAGUGCCCCGAGCAAGAAGGGCUUCUUUGCGUCGCUAUGUGGUACAAGGAGGCAGGUGGGCACAAAGAUGCUCGCCGACAAGUUGGAUCGAAAGCAGAAGCUGCAGGAAAAUCUGCAGGCCGUCCCUCGGACCUUCGACCAGAUGUUCCGCUUUAAUAUGGCCGUCAUGAAUGUGCAAACACAGGAAUGGAUGUACGAGGUGCUGGACUGUUUCGACUCCAUCGUGCACAGCAUCGCCCAGUCUCAGAGAUUGCAGGUAGAAUGCGACGUCGUCACGCUUCGCAUUGCAAAAGCCAGCGGCGACGUCAAGUUCAAGAACUUCAGGGCCGUGAUGCUCUCGUCCCUUCGUGCCUUAUCUCCGAAGGAUUGGAGCCCCGACCAUGAGGUGGCCUGGAACUGGCUUUGGGAAACGGUGGAGCGGCUUCUGAGCAAGGAGCUCAAGAAGCCCCGCGCUCGCGAGCGCAUCCUGGGCAGAUUCCUAGGAUCUCUGGAAGACGAGCUACGCCAAGAGAUCCGGGAAAAAGUGUUCGAUCGUUUCUUCGAGUUGGCCCCUGGUGGAGAAGAGCACUUCAAACAAUCUUCCACAAGAUUGAACUUCAUCGCGGACAAGGCCAUCGAGCUCACGCUGGAUCUGUACAAGGAGCCCAUCAAGACUGUGGAUGCAAUCUCUGCCUUGGGCUUGCGACACGUGGGCUAUGGAAUCACGACGGACUUCUUCGAUCCUUUCGUUGAAGGCUGGACACAGGUCUUCCAAGAGCUGACAGGCGACGACGAUCUGGCAGACGCCUUUCGGUGGUCGUUUAGCCUGGUUGCCAAGCUCCUGAUGAGGACCAUCGAGCAGGGUGCGACUCUUGUCAUGAAGGCCAUCAACACAGACAAUGCCAAGCAGGUAAGGCGUGCACUGUCCUAUGCUCCGCGUGCGAAACGGGCGAUGUGGGUUCUGGAUGUCACGGUCGGCACCCAAUCCGUUUCUCCGCUGUACAUGUCCAUAGAUACGGGCAACCUGGAGGCCGCUAAGGUGAUGCUGCAGGAUCUUGUCACAAUCCGCGCGGAUCGUUCCAGGUACUAUUACUGUCUGGACGAUCUGUUCAAGUGGCACUCUGACAUCGUGUGGAAGCUCACCGUCGAUGCGCCGGAGCUCCUCACGACGAUGCUGGACGGCAUGAUUUGGAGGUCUCGAGUUGUCGUCAAUGGCAACAGACGCGUGAACUACUACCUGAAGCACCUGUUGGUAGAUGAACACGGGAAGUUCUCCAACGCGAUGAGCUGCAUCGUGAAGCUGCAAGAUCCAGAGAUCGCGAUUCAUCCAAUCCUCGUUCAGCUAGGUGAUCUCGUUUGGAACGACCUGGUGUACUGGCGGUUUCUUCGAGGCCUUCUCACCAAACAUAUGACCAAACAGAGAGAGACAGAUAGUAGAGAGAGAGAGAGAGAGUAA